AUUUCUGGGCUCAGAGACAAUUCACCACUGGAUCACUAUUCAUUUCUCAUUUACCUCUGCAUCAUCUGCAACAACAGCACACUUCUCUUCCUCAUUCUGAAUGACCACAGUCUUCAUGAACCCAUGUACAGCUUCCUGGCAAUGCUGGCGGGCACAGACUUGGGGAUAACACUAAAUACAAUGCCCACCAUCCUGUGUGUCCUGAUGCUGGACCGGACGGAGAUAGCACAGAGUGCCUGCUUUACUCAGUCUUACUUCAUUCUCUCACUGGCCAUUAUAGAGUCAGAUGUCUUGCUUGCCAUGACCUAUGAUAGUUUUAUCGCCAUCGGCACCCCGCUAAAGUACAACUCCAUUCUUAUCAGUUCCCGGGUGCUGAAGGUAGGGCUGGGAGUACUGGUGAGGGGUUUUGUGUCCAUUGUACCCCCAAUUCUGCCACUCUAUUGGUUCCCAUAUUGCCAUUCUCACGUUCUCUCCCAUGCUUUCUGUCUUCACCAAGAUGUCAUGAAACUCGCCUGUGCUGAUAUUACAUUUAAUCGCCUGUACUCAGUAGUUCUGGUCGCUUUGACUUUCUUCCUAGAUGCUCUAGUUAUCCUCUUCUCUUAUAUUCUAAUCCUGAAAACAGUUAUGGGCACUGCCUCUGGAGAGGAGAGAGCUAAGGCCCUCAACACCUGUGUCUCCCAUAUUAGCUGUGUCCUAGUCUUUUAUAUCGCUGUGAUUGGCUUGACCUUCAUCCACCAAUUUGGAAAACAUGUACCACAUGUGGUCCAUAUUACCACGAGCUAUUUAUACUUUCUCUUUCCUCCAUUCAUGAACCCCAUUAUAUACAGCAUCAAGACCAAACAGAUUCAGAAAAGCAUCAUUCAUUUAUUCUCUAUGCACAGUAGGGUUUGA